AUUCAUCAUUGACUUGACUAAAAGCCCAAGUUAAUUAUAAGGUCUUCUCUUUACUGUAUAUUUAACUUGGACUUAUCUUGAAAAAACAAAGACUUCACUGCAGAAUAAAUUUGGCAAUUUUUGAGCACACUCAAUAUUACCUUGCAGCUUGGAAAAUUUCUGGUCAUAAAUAAUUAAUAAUCAAAGGACUGGAGUGGACAAAUUUCGGCCGAUACUCGAGGCAGUGGAGAUUUAAAAUGAUGUCUGUAGAAAUGACUAUAGAAGUCCCCAACUCUAGCCAACAACAAUUGCAUAGAGUUGCUUCAGCUCAGUUUAGAAGGCCUCUCCUCCAUUUAGUUUCCACUAAAGAACACAAAAAGAGAUACCUAACUCAAUGUGUGCCCCUUCACAAAGCAGCACUAAAAGGUGAUUGGAAAGAAGGUAGAAAAAUAAUAGAACAAGAUCCAGAAUUGUUGUACUCUGCCAUAACAUCUGGGUGGGGAACAGUACUCCAUAUUGCAGCAGGAUCAAAUCAUGUUCACUUUGUGGAUGAGUUGGUAAAACUAAUGGACGGUGAUGCUUUGGAAUUGCAAGAUAACAAGGGAAACACGGCUUUUUGCUUUGCUGCAGCAGGUGGAAAUGUUCAAAUUGCUGAAAUAAUGUACGAAAAGAAUGCAUUAUUGCCAUCAAUUAGAGGUGGAGUAGGUGUCACUCCUCUUUACUUGGCUGCAUUACAAGGAAAAAGUGAAAUGGCAUUGUAUUUGUUUACUAAAUCUAGAGAAAUACUUGAGGAAAAUGAUUGGAGUAUGGUUUUUCUCAUUUGUAUAAACUCAGGACUCUAUGAUUUAGCCCUAGAAAUGUUAAAUGAGAAAGAAACACUAGCUUUCACUCGUGGUGGAGAUUCCAAUGAGACGGGCUUACACCUUUUGGCUCGAAAAUAUUUAGCAUGUGAUUGUCAAAGUCUUGGACAUCGCAAAAACCUCUUACACUUAUGUACGAGGGAUGCUCCAAUUCUUAAGCUUAUUAGAAAAAUGUGGGAUAAGUAUCUUUUCCUAGAUGACAUAGAUAUGAAGAAAAUCAUGAGCGAACCAGAUCAAGUAACAUUUAUUGCAGCUGAAGUUGGAAAUUUUGAGUUUCUAUCCUUGGUUACGAGUACUUAUCCUGAUUUGAUAUGGGAACUUAAUAACGAGGGUCAAAGCAUAAUCUACAUUGCUAUUUUGCACAGACAUGCUAAUAUCUUCAAUUUGAUACAUGAAAUUGGCGCAUUCAAAGAUUUCAUAACUUCUUUUGUGGAUAUUAACAACAAUAAUUUCUUGCAUUCUGUUGCAAAAUUAGCACCCCCGGAUCGACUCAAUAUAGUUUCUGGAGCUGCUCUUCAAAUGAUGCUCGAGUUGUCAUGGUUUGAGGAGGUGAAAAAGGUAAUACCAUCAUCAUUAAUAGAAGCAAAAAAUUCUGAAGGCUUAACACCUCGUGAACUAUUUACAAAAGAACAUGAAGAAUUACUUAAAAAAGGUGAAUCAUGGAUGAAACAAACAGCAAAUUCUUGUAUGAUUGUUUCAACUCUGAUAGCAACAGGAGUAUUUUCAGCCGCAUUCAGCUUACCAGGUGGCAACAAUGAUAACACAGAAUCUCCCAAUUAUUUGAACAAACGAUCAUUUCUCAUAUUUGCUUUAUCAGAUUCCAUGGCACUCAUCUCAUCUUCAACUUCGAUCCUAAUUUUUCUUUCUAUCCUUAUCUCGCGAUAUGCUGAACAAGAUUUUCUCAAGUCAUUGCCAUUGAAGUUGAUCUCUGGAUUAGUAGCAUUGUUUGUCUCAAUAAUCAGCAUGAUGGUAGCAUUUAGUAGUGCAUUUUUCAUAACAUAUUAUCAUGGUUUGAAAUGGGUUCCUAACUUCAUUUCUGCUCUUGCAUUUUUACCAAUACCAUUGUUUAUAUAUCUGCAGUUUUCUUUAUGGUCUGAUAUAGUGUACUCUGCUUAUAUUUGUAGAUUUUUAUUUAAGCCAAGUAAACGUAUGAUUGUUUAGAAUAAUCAAGUUUGUGGUACACAAUGAAUUUUAAUGAUGUUAUGCAUGAUUAAUGUAUUGUGCAAAAUAUUUGUUUUUA